AUGUCGCCCGAUUCUGAAUGCCACCCUUCACUGUCCUGCUCCAUUUCCAUCAGGAUUGUCCACCUCGGCCUGGAGCGGUUGUGUGGUGACUUUCCUUCACAGGCAGAGGCCUCAUCAGCAGAAGGAGGAGGAGGAGGGGGAGGACCGGAGCAAAGCCCAGCUCACAUUGAAGCCGACCAAGUGGCGUCCCGGGACCGAAAAAGGUCCAAGCGUCGUUGUGUCCAGUGCUUGGGUACUUCCGCCGCCUUCAUCACCAUUGUGUUGGUCAUUGUUCUACCAGUCAUCUACGUCGCCUAUCCCGCGCUGGCAAGAAACGACAUUGAAAGUGCCCGACUCGUUGCAGCCUCUCUUGCACUCCUUUCACCCACCCCAGACAGCUUCUAUAUCGAACAGACUGCCAUCUGGAUCAGUAACAACACGGGAUCAGCGACGCUGGGUGCCUGGACAGCUGACCUAUGUGUCGAGCCGCAAUGCGACUACCCUUUUGCACGGAUCAGAGUCCCCGAGUGCAAAGCCUCCAAUGGUACGGAGGUCCAGAUCGAUCAGUCAGUGCGGAUCGCCAACAUGACCGAGUUCACUAAGUACACCCAGAUGUCCUUCCUUGCUGCAGAGUAUCACGUCUUCUUGCACGGGUCUGGAGAGUUACACAGACAGGGACUUCCCUCUGUUACAAUCAUCUAUGAGAAGGACAUCACUCUAAAAGGACUCGAUGGCCUCGCAGGAUUCAACGUGACUUCGUUUCAAUUCAUCAGCCCCUUUCUCCCCGGCCGAUUCAAUGCGCAAGGCACGGUCUCGAUCCCCAACCUAUCUUUCUCCACGUUCGAUCUGGGCAGCGUCAAUAUGAACAUGUCCGUCGCGAACAUCCCCAUCGGCACUUGUUCAUUACAAAACGUCCUCUUGCGGCCCGGUAACAAUACCUUCCCCAUGGCGGCCGUCGUAAAUCAGACCGCGAUUGGGGCCCUUGUUAGGGGAUCGUACACGACGGGAAUGCUCCCGGUUGAUGUAAUGGGGACUCAGGUAUUGUACAAUGAAGAGGAGAUUCCGUGGUAUGAGCAGGUUCUGCAGGGGCUGACAUACCGAGUUGAUUUGAACGUAUCGGACGUGUUGCAGGCUUUGGAGUCCGCAGAGACCACGCCUCCCCAACCUCUAUCAUUAAACGCAGAUGGAGUUGAAGGCGUCGUCGCUCGCGGACUCGACGUUGAAGGGUAA